UUUUCUGCCAUGAAUCCCAUCCAUUCGUCGUAAGAAAAACAAAGUUAUUAUCAUGGUUAUGGGAAAUUGGAAUGAACAUGGCUUCCUUUUCUAACGCUGAUAUCGAAAGGAGAAUAGCAGAACUACGCCGUGAAAUCUUGUUCCAUCAACCAGUCAAAGUGUCACGACCUGAUCAGAGAUGUGGAGAUGACCAGGCUGGACUCACCCUUAGCCUUGUUGACCUCGGGGAGUGCGGGUCAAAUGUUGUAUCCGCGAUGAGAAGGGCUCUUGGGGGAGUCGUUGGAGAGCCAUUUCUUCACAGUGCUGAUCAUCAACAAAUAUCUCGUGACGAUCGGAUGGAGUAUCUUUCCAGCUCACUCUCUGUUAUAUCUAGAAAUAUUUCGUGCAGGAGUACUGCUAUAUCCAGGGAAAGCAUCGUCAACAGUUUGAUAGAACUCGCUGAGAGGAAUGGAUUAUUCCUUCUAGUAUUACGUGCUUCACUCGUUCCAUAUUUCACAAAUGAUGUUAUCAAGUUGACAAAACAUAUAACAGGAAGGCUUCCAAUCGCCAUCAUUAUUUGCGACGCGAGAAGAAACGACGUUGACAAGCUGAUCGAAUACCUGGAAAACAACCAUAUCACUGAUAUCUAUCAACUACCAGAAGGUAUCGAUUCUGAUCGGACUAUGAUAUCGAACGAGGAACAGCUGGACCUCCUGAAUAUAAUCCAAAGAUGUCUGGUGAACAGCGAAAAAAUAUCGCAUGGCAUUCAACGAUUCCCGAUGAAUAGAAAUGAAACAGCGCAUGCGUUUCAACAAUAUUCAGCGAAUGGUGAUAAAAUAGUACAAGCUCUUCAUCAAUAUCCGGUAAACAGUAAUGAAAUGGCGCAUGCGUUCCAACGUCACCCGGUUAAUAGUGAUGAAAUAGCACAUGCAUCUCAACAAUACCUAGUAGAUAGUGAUGAAAUUACUGAGAAAAUGAAGGGCGUAUAUUUAACAUAAUUACUCCCCCUCGACUUUUGCAAACUUAUAAGGAGAAUUCAUUUUCAUUUGCAAAGAGCAUAAUGACAAUAUUUGUGUUAUAUCAGUGAGACAUGUCCAUGAUAGAAAAAGUCAUUUCCAUUCUUUCCUGUCUUGAGCUUAUGUUUUAAUUUCCCGGCCUUUUUUAUGACCAUGCAUGUCCAACCUCUUUGUUCUUUGGCAGGGCACUGGGAACAAUUUUUAACUGCAGAUGCUCUGAUGUAAAUUUGAAAAGCAAAAAAAAAAAAGGUUAUCGCUACAACAUCGGGAUCAUGUGGCUCCAAAGAAAUUCGAAAAGCCAAAAAAAGGGGAGGGGGGGGGUUCAGUACAAAAUGACGGUAUUUUCGUUACAUUUUCCCAUUUUUUCACAUCUUCCAGAAUACCUGCAUGGGGUGCUGCCUAUGGAGAAUAAUACACGCAGCACCCCCAAGGAAAAUCUAGGGGGUUCUUCAGCACCCCCGCUUCCCAGGGCCAUGUUCUUUGGACGUCCACGCUUCCUACCCUUACUCCCUGAUAGCAAAAACUGGGUAAAAGACGUCUUAUUGGCGUCAUUUUACGAUGUGUAUCACGUCAUAUUGACGUCGUAAAAAGAAGUCUUAAAGACGAGUAUUUGCACCGAUGUACGUCGUCAUAUUGACGUCGUAAAAUGACGUGAUUAUGACGUCUUAAAAAGUCGACUACGACGUCUUAAUGACGUCUUUACGCCGUAUUCCUGACCAGUAUUAGACGUAAGAAUAACGUGAUUAUCACGUCAUUAAUAGUCGACUACGACGUCUUUAUGACGUAUGCAUGACCAGUAUUAGACGUCAGAUUGACGUCGUAUAUUGACAUGAUUAUGACGUCGUUAAUAGUCGACUACGACUGUGAUUGUCACACGUCAUGUUGUCAUAUCUUAAUUAGCAUGUGACCAAUCCAUUUUAUUUGUCUGUCUUUAAAGGACAAGUCCAUCCCAACAAAAAAGAUAUUUGAAUAAAAAGAGAAAAAUCCAACAAGCAUAACACUGAAAAUUUCAUCAAAAUCGGAUGUAAAAAAAAGAAAGUUAUGACAUUUUAAAGUCUCGCUUAAUUUCACAAAAACAUUUAUAUGCACAUCCUGGUCAGUAUGCAAAUGAGGAGACUGAUGACGUCAUCCACUCACUAUUUCUUUUGUAUUUUAUUAUAUGAAAUAUUCUAAUUUUCUCCUCAGUGUCAAGUGAUACAACGAUUAAUUCCUCCCUGAACAUGUGGAAUUAGCAUUGUUUAAUACUAUAUGGUUCAGUCAAGUUGGUCAUUAUUGUCAAAUCUGUAAAAAAUGAAAUAUUGUAGAAUUCAAACAAUAAAAAACAAAAAGUGAGUGAUGAGUGACAUCAUCGAUUGUCUCAUUUCCAUGACUUGUCACUUAGUUGUGCAUAUCACUGUUUUGUGAAAAAUAAGCGAAAAUUUAAAUUGUCAUAACUUUCUUAUUUUACAUCCGUUUUUGAUGGAAAUUUUCAGCAUUAUGCUGGUUGGAUUUUCUCUAUUUAUUGAAAUCAACAUUUUUCUUCGGUGGACUUGACCUUUAAUCUUUCAAUCAUACAAAUCUUAAUUGUGAUCAGGUGACGUACAUUGCGCUCCUCCUGCUAUAACUAGCACCUAUCCUCAUUUUGACGGUCUCUCUGGCCACUUAAUUUUAAGCAUGCGUCGCCAUAUCAACAUCUCGAAUGCUUCAAAUCUCUAUCAGUCCUUUCUCAGAGUUCAUGGUUUGCAUCCACAUCCGGGGGGGGGGGGGGCACUUCCAUUGACGAAUGGAUACCAUGCGCGACCAUGGGGUUUCAUUCGAAAAGCACACUAAACAAGUAUUUUUUUUAAUUCCAAAUCGUUUGUUUGUUUGUUUGUUUGAUCAUUUAUUUUAUAUUUACAUAAUAACAGGCCAUUACAAUAUAAUGAAUGCAAUUAUAUACAAAUUGAUACAAAUAAAAUACAUCUUAAGAAAUUACAGUGUCAUUGCAAUGCCUCUUUUUAGGGUAAAACAUAGAAAAAUUUAGCAGUUGAAAAAAAAAAAAGGAAACUAGAAUAAGGCCAUGUAGCCCUGUAAAAUAAGUUCCCUUAUACGCAGUACAAAGUAUUAUAUUAUAGGUAAUUACCA